GAACGAUCGUGAUCAACAGUUAUGUUGAAAUGGACAAUUUUGACAAGGACGAAUCUAAUACGGGAAUACCGUCGCUCAUUUGGAGGAGACACACGUGGCUUCUCAUCUCAUCCCCGCCAAUUACCUUCCGCCGGCCCACGUGAUCGCCGGCCCACGUCUCCCCUUCUUGCUCUUCAUCCUCCCACGCAGUCUAUUUGUUGCCCUCCUCUCUCGCCUCUCUCUCCUCACCACGGAGUUAGGGUUUUCCUCCACCAUCACCAUGGGCGAAUCUUCGUCGUCGGCUUCCUACAUCAGAACGGUGCAACACCUGAUCGAGCAAUGCCUCCUCUUCCGCAUGAGCAAGGAGGAGUGCAUGGAAGCCCUCGCCAAGCACGCCGACAUCAAGUCCGUCAUCACCUCCACAGUUUGGAAGGAGUUAGAGAAGGAGAACGGGGAGUUCUUCCAGGCGUACAUGAAGGAGCAAGAGGAGAAGGCCAUGGAGGUCGAGGCUGCGCAGAGGAUGCAGAAGAUUCUCACCGAGUUGGCUUCCAAAGAUUACGACAAGGAAGAGUGAGAUCGAACACUCCAUUACCAUCACCUUCGAUCAUCCAAUAUGCAUAUAAUCUCAUCAAAUUCUACUACCAAACAAUCACGGGAUGUCCGAUGUAGGAAUAAACGUGUUGGGGGUUAUGUAUGUCACGUGUAGCCACGAGAACAUUUGAUAUGUAUGCAUCACUUUUUUUUUUUU